CAUCAACAUAACCUCGACGGGGUGGGACAUACAGGAUAUCUGAAGCUAGAGGAGACGAGACGUGACUGUUGACGUGCUCGAACUCCAUCACGCGAUCAUCGAAGUAAUCUGCCAGCGUUCCUCUGUGCUAUACCCAUCUUGUAACAACAAUGGCUCCUCGCACAUACCAUCCGCCACCGCCCCUGAAGUACUUUCUCAUCCUCGACUUCGAAGCAACAUGCGCAUCUCCACGCCCCGUGAACUUCGUACAGGAAGUCAUCGAGUUUCCCUGCAUCGUGUAUUCAAUGGAGCAAGAGUAUCCGACUGCGAUGUUCCACGAAUACGUAAAGCCCUUACUCUCUCCGCACCUGACCGAUUUCUGCACGCGACUCACCGGCAUUUCACAAGCAACGGUCGAUAGCGGUGACAAGUUUUCCAAUGUAUGGCGAAGGUUUAACGAGUGGCUCGCUCGGCUGUGUCAGGACACGGAUCCUAGAUCAUUCAUCUUCGUUACAUGCGGCAACUGGGACCUUCAAACCAUGCUCCCUGCUCAAUUGCGGCAAUGCGGAAUCGAGUUCCCGAGGAGAGAAACCGGUCAUACUGGUGUGGACUUUACGCGAUAUGUCAACAUCAAGGACGCAUUCGCAGAGUUCUACGACAGUGAUCCGCCUAGCGGGCUGCUAGAGAUGCUUCACGUACUCGGGAUGCAGCUGGAGGGAAGGUUCCAUUCGGGAAUUGACGACUGUCGGAAUGUUAGCAGGAUUAUCGAGCAGAUGAGGCGCGAUGGUUGGAAGAUUGAGGCUGAUUAGUGCUGGCAUCCGUGAGUCAUACACCAUGAAUUGCCACUAACGUCAUAAUGUUGGUAUCCACGACCAUUUGUACAAUACUUGUAACGACAUGUGUGUAGUGUGUUCAUAGUCCUGUAACAAAUUCCGCGCUGUGCGCCUGAUGUGGAAUCUGACUCUGCUUCUGUG